GGGUUCCCAGAAAGAGGUAGAGAGGCCCCCGGAAUGCUCAAAACCUCAGGCAAAGAGGACUCAGGAUGCCAGGCCGCCCUCCUCGGAUGAAUCAGCCCUUGUUUCCUAUGCAGGCAGUCGAGCCUCGGUGAACUGAAAAGGUGUUGCCCGUCUCAGGUCCCCCCACCCCAGGGGAAAGGUGCCCUGCACGUUUCUCUCAAGGCCGUCUUCUCCAGGGCCAGUGGCAGCCGCCGGCACGCCGGGUGGAAACAUCGUGGCCAGCGUCCGAUGAAACCGGGCGGAGAGCGGGCCUGAGGCUCACGGCCUAGGACAAGGCCCGCCCCGUGACACUGCUCUGAGGAAACUUCCUACCUACGAAGGCUCAGCCUGCUCCCCGGGGCCCUGCCGAGAGCCUCUUUCGAACCCGAUUUGGCGAUCCCACCCCAACCCCUCCAGCCCAGAUGAAACACAGGAGAGAUAAGAUGUUGGACUUGAGCUUUUUGACCGAAGAGGAGUAUGAGAAACUUAUGAAGGUCCUACAGAGGGAUGCGGAGCUGAAGAAGAAGGACAGCGACCGCAUCAGGCGGUUACAAGGAUCUCUCAAGGAUGACAAGAAGAAGAAGUUUGUAACCGGAGAAUGGUUCAGUGAAGCCAAAGCCCAACGGUUCCAGGAGGAAUUACAGGGCCCUGAUCUGCUGAGAGCAUCGAUUCGAAGGAAGAAAGGCCCAAAGGAAAAUGGGAGUCAGGAGCUGCCCGGAGAGAGCUCGCGACGGUCGGGCUCCUCGCUGCCACUGGAGACGAGCCUCCCCUUUAUCAGACCCAGCCCGACCCCACGCGACGGAAGGCCUGGCGAGACGGACCUCAUCAGCGACGACAGGCGUCGCCCCUUGCCCAAACCCAGGCCGCAGCUCGCCACCCUGCCAACUUCUCCCCCGUCGGAUAAGAGGCUCAGUGACAUCUCUCCAGCAGACAGCGGCAUUGGGUUGAGCCCCUUCCUGAUUGCUGCAGAAGGCUCACAGCUCUCCGAGAAAGAUCUGGAUGUUCCUUCCACCCCAGCUGUAGUUUCAGAAAGAGACCCAGCCCACGCCAAUUCCCACCUCUGGCUGGACCAGCCGGCCGUGCCCGGCUCCCCUCCCAGGCUCACGGCGGACAAAAACAGCCCUCGAGGAGAAACUGGCCCCGGCAGCCGGAUUCCCAUCAAAAGGAAGCCCAGCCGGAAAUGGGUUGGGUCAGAGCCGGUGCUGAGCAGCGAGGAGCGGCCCGAGGCCCAGCGGGAGCCCCUCACCCCCUGUGACCUGUCCUCACCCACAGGGAAGCCGGGGGGCCCUUACACCAUCUCGCCCAUGAGGAACAGUCCCAAAGAUGAAGAGAUUGGCCUCAACCGAGAGCACUUCAGGAACCUCAAGGACUUCUGGGAGAAGGGGGCGGAGUGCGUGGCCCCGAGCUCAGCUUCGGAAGCUGAGGAUGAGCUCGGCAUGCGGGCGUUAGGGCCGGGUCGCUCGGCCCCGGGGCCUCCGACCCAAGAGCAGGCCCCAAGGUCCCGCCUGCCCCACAAGCGGCCGGCGACCUUGUCAUCCAGUGAGGAUGAACCGAUCUAUGCGGUCCCACACCGGAAGGGGGUCUGGUCCUCGGCUCCCAAGUCCACCCAAGCCAAGGCCCACGGCGCCAUGGCCGCCAGGAGCGACUCCAGCGAGGACCGUGGCCGGCAGCCCCCCGUUGGAGAGGACGGGGCCCCCCGGCUGGAGGGACGAAAAUCCAGACUGCCUGUGAGGAUCCCCUCCCUCCCCGUCGAGCUGCCCCCACGGCCGGCCACCUUUGAGCCCAAGACUCCGGCCGACGAGUACGUGCUCUCAGAAGAAAGUACCCCCGUCGGGGAGUCCCUACAGAACCGGGUGAAGAUCAUGAUCGAGACCGUGGUCUCCGAAGAUGAGGACCCUGAGGAUUGGGGGCAAUCAAUGGGUAAAAAGACCCUGGGGAUGACCAGCGAGCUGGACCAGAGCAGAAGAAGAAAGUCCACAGCCACUCCUUCGAGCACAGAGGUGACCGACUGCACUUCUCCUGUUGUCCAGGCCCUGGCCCGAGCCAACGGCGUGAAUCUAGCAAAGAGCAUGGUCAAUGUUUACACGAGUACUGAGACCUAUAACAAGCCUCAGAGCCAUCAACUUUUGGAGCCCGAGAGAGCCAAGGAUCUGAGCCGAUCCACUCCCUCCUUCUUGUCUGAGACCGAGUCGGACACAGCUUCGGAGAUCAGCUUCCAGUUCAGCCGGCACAAGAAAACCCCCAGCAUCGGCAGCCACUCCUCAGACAUGGCCUCCGUCUCCUCGGUGAGUGGGAGCGUGCUCAGCGUGUACAGCGGCGACUUCGGCAGCGUGGGCGCCCAGGGGACCGUCCAGUUCGCCCUGGACUACGACGAGAAGAACAGGGAAUUCCAGAUCUUCGUUUCCCAAUGCAAGGACCUGGCCACGGUGGACGAGCGCAAGGGCAGAUCCGACCCGUACGUCAAAACCUAUCUGCUUCCUGACAAGGCUAGAAUGGGGAAGAGGAAAACCUCUGUGAAAAAGAGAACCGUGAAUCCGAUUUACAAUGAAGUGCUGAAGUACAAGAUAGAGAAGAUGGUUUUGCUGAUCCAGAAGUUGAACCUCUCCGUAUGGCACAAUGACCCCUUGGGACGCAACAGCUUCUUGGGGGAGAUGGAAAUAGACCUCGCCAGCUGGGACUGGGGCAAUCGGAAACUGAACUGGUAUACCCUCAAGCCGCGGAGCCUGUCCGCCCUGAAUGGCGUCGAUCACCGAGGAGUGAUGAACCUCUCCAUUAAGUACAUUCCCCCGGGGAGUCUCGGCCCCAAGAAUCCUGUGUCGGGAGAAGUGCACAUCUGGGUCAAAGACACCAAAGAUCUGCCCCAGCUCCGCCCUUCCGGAGUGGACUCAUUCGUGAAAUGCUACGUGCUCCCAGACACCAGUAAGAAGAGUUAUCAAAAGACCCGCGUUAUAAAGCGGGAUCCCAACCCCAUUUUCAACCACACCAUCGUCUACGAUGGUUUCCACACGGAGGAUUUGAAAGAUGCCUGCGUCGAGUUGACGGUGUGGGAUCACGAGAAACUGACCAAUCACUUCCUCGGAGGCCUGAGGUUGGGUCUUGGGACAGGAUCCAGCUACGGCGUCCCCGUGGACUGGAUGGAUUCCACCCAGGAGGAAGUGGCUUUUUGGCAAGACAUGAUGUCAGCCCCGAACGAGUGGAUCGAGGGGUCACUGCCGCUGCGGUCUCUGGCCGGGCGGAGGAAGCUGAAAUGAAACCUGGCGGCUUCCGGGCCGGUAGAGCCCCUUGGGCUGUGGUGGGUUUCAAGCCUCCAUCUCCCGUGGUCCGGAACCUUUCCGUGAAUUUUCCCAAGUCCCAAGGUACGGUCGGGCCACCCGUUCCCCGCCCGGGAGACUUUCCGCACAGCCCCGUCCAGGCCAGGGUCUGCCAUCUCUGCGCGAAUGCAUUUGUAGGCGGGAAAUCUCGACCCAGACUCCGCUCCCAGGCCCGCCGCCCUCCGCGCCCGCGCCACGAACGUGGAUCGGGAGAUAGCCGGGCAGGGGCCCGGGUGGGAACUCUCCUCGACACUUGAAGCUCAAAGAGAUGUAACAGAAGCUCCCUGCACCUCAGGGGGAACGAAGGAUCUCGUGGCCCGAGUGGUGCUCUGUCCCCAGUCAGGGCCCUGGGGCGGUCAAACCCCCAGCUGGGCUCGUGGGCUCAACCCAAGAGGGACCGAGAGGGACUGGGGUGGCAGAAGAUUCAAACCCGUGGGCCGGGCACCUCUGGGCGGUCCACAACUGCGGACAGAUGGGCCGGUUUAUUUCCGUAGCUACCAACGGGAGGAGCCCUGAGGCCGAGCCCGGAAGGUCUCGACCCCAACUGAGCCGGAAGCACAGCUCCAGACGGGCAUUUCAGCCCCGCGGUGCCCUGCGCAUCAUCGGGGCGCAGAUACCCCAUCGAGGCAGGGGCAGGAGGCCCGUGGUCCAGGGGAAGAAAGGGAUCGGAGGAACUGAGACUCCAUCUUUGAUUCUGUUUCCCGGGAGAAGUCACCUCUCUGCUUUGGGCCUCAGUUUCCCCACUCUGCAACCUAGGGAAAUUACCUGCAUUUGGUGUUGGUUGGGGAGGGGUCGGGAGGAGGGGCAAUGAGAGAAACAUACGGAGAGGGGUUGUAACCUUAAUGAGGAGGGGGCACAGAGGGCCUUAUGUUCCACAGAACAUAAACCUGCUACACCUAAACGUAAAUGCAAACCUGCUCCACCUACACACAUGAGCACACACACACACACAGAGUCUCUCUCUCUCUCUCUCUCUCCCCCUCCCUCCAGUCUCCAGUGACCAUAGACCCCUCAGCUCUGGAGUCAUUCAAUCAUAUUUAUUGAGCUCUUACUGUGGGCACAGCACUUUACUAAGCACUUGGGAGAGUACAACACAACAAUAUAACAGACACCUUCCCCACAAUGAGCUGACAGUCCAAUUCCACCACGUUGGAUAUCCACCCCUCGCUCGGAGACCCCCUCGGUUUGAAUGAGUGAAUGAAUGAUCCUCAAGCGGAGGCCCUGCGGCUUUCCGAAAGGGCGCGAAGCAGAGGAGCACGUGCAUGCUGAGAACAGCUGGCAUUUUAACCCACGUACUCGGACGGACACAGGGCGCUGCCCACGCCAUUGGGCAGGAGGCCACGCCGUGUCCCGCCAAGACGGACCGGGCUGUGGAAAGGAGGUGCCCCAAUUCUCCGGCAGCCAGUUGCAUCCUGCUGGCGCCAUGGGAUCCGGCCUUGGGGAGGGCUGAGGGGAGCGUCUCUUCCAGAGCUGCGGGAGCCUCAGGGCAUAAAGGAAACUGAGGUGAGUAAAACCAGAGAGAACAGUUUCUGGUCGCACCCCACCAGGGAAGAUGGGGACCCGGGCGGUGAAAGUGAAACACCGAGGGAGGAGGUGGGCUCAGAGGGCAUUUUUACCUCGUUUCUAAAGGGGAGUGAUGGUAAAAGAGAUCUGUGCGGGGCAGGAAAUCAAUUAAAGAUAUUUCAAUUCUUCCUGA